UGUCUUGUUGUUUGCUUUAUUUUCAAGAUGGCGGUGCUACUUGAAGUCGCAGUGAGUUCGAUGUUUUGCGCGGUUUGUUGUUUUUUCCGCUGUUGAUCCUGAGCACAGACGUUUGAUCCUGACGUCAUGAGGAGCAGAUACACGCGCACAGUUACCGGAUGCCUCGCGUGAACCGGACGGUCGUGUUAUCGCUGCUGAUCGCGUGCAGCUCGGUGUUCCUGCUGUUCCAGCUGUAUUAUUACCGGAAAUACGUCAGCAAGCCUGGCCCUCACAUCCUGAGCCAAACAGGUCACCUGACCACCACUGACGUCCAAUGGCUAACGGUGAAGAAGUUUUUAGCAUUAGCUCAGCGCUUUAGGCUGCCGUUGUUCCUUGCUGAUACCGCUGCCCUGAAGCUACUUUCCCAGGAUGCUUUGAGGCAGCGUGACCGGCUGGUGCGGGAGCCACACUGCAGCUUCCUGUGCACUGGCCGGCCAAUCACAUCAUUCGCUCUGCACGCCAACCUGUGGAAGUACGAUCCUGGCUUCCUAUUGGCUGCUGAGCAGAAAGGCUUCCAGCUGCUGACACUGACAGGAAAGGACCCACGAUUGGCCAGUCUGGACACCCUAUCAGGGGAAGAGAUCCCCCUACACUUCCUGCUCCGCCUCCAUGAUUACAUCAUUCAGGUAGUGUUCCUGUACGAGCGGAGCGGGAACUACAUGUGGUUUGGGGCAUUACGUCUCCGCGCUGACGCCGACCGAAGCUUCGCUCCAUUCAGACAGCUCGACUACGGGCGCCACUCAGGAGCUCUGGACAGGCAGGAGCUGGUACUGACUGCCCUGGAUGGCCUCGACGUUCGAGUCCCACAAAACGUUUCCCGCUUUCUGUAUGAACUGCGUCACGCUCGCUUCCUGGAGUGUCGUUACCAUGACGCCCGCAACUUCCUGCAACUCUACCCUGAGGACUCGUCUCCACAGUCGCUGGAUUUUAGGAGAAAAGUGAAGACGUUGCUUCACCGGGUCGCUCAAAUCCUCACGAAGCUCGACAUCCCGUUCUGGCUCAGCAGCGGCACAUGUCUGGGCUGGUUUAGGCAGUGCAGCGUCAUCUCGUACAGUCGAGAUGUUGAUAUCGGGAUUUUCAUUGUGGAUUUUAGAAGCGACAUCAUCGCAGCGUUCAGGGAUGCUGGCCUGUCCCUCAAACACAAGUUUGGAAAAGUAGAAGACAGUCUGGAACUUUCUUUUCUUAGUGAAGACGUCAAACUGGACAUUUUUUUUUUCUACGAGAACGGAGACAUCGUCUGGAAUGGAGGGACGCAGGCAAAGAGCGGCAGGAAGUUCAAGUACGUCUUCCCUCGCUUCUCGCUCUGCUGGGCGGAGCUUCUGGAGCUCAAAGUUCGUGUUCCGUGUGAAACACUCGACUAUGUGACAGCAAACUACGGCGCCACCUGGAGCAUCCCCGUGAGGAGCUGGGACUGGAAGUCAUCGCCUAGCAACGUGCAGGAGAAUGGGGUGUGGCCUCCAUCUGAGUGGGCGGAGCUUAUUCAAGUUUACUGACAGGAAACGAGACUACAUAACCACUAAAGACUUCAAAUAAAUGUUUACAAAAUGA